GAGCUUUUCGUUCCCCGCGCGCCAUUUUGCACCAGUAACUUACACACUCGCUCCGCUAUCGCAGCUCGCCGGACCCGCCACCUUGCCGCUCAUUCGCGAGUUCAGUUUACCUUCACUCACCGCGAGCCACUCGCUCAGUCAGUGUGUUACCCUGUAGGACGUUGCGCGGCGAAGCUCCUCCGCUCCUACCACUUGGUGAAGCGCAGGGCCGACGCUCACUAACCGCGCUUAAAAAAACGCUCGCCUUGCUAAACCGCUCUAUUCUGGUUCAUAAUGGAGGCGUAAUUUAAUUCUAAGUUUUCAUAUGCUGUGAUAUAACAAUGGUUGUGUACAGAAUGAAAAAAAUAUUGGCUCAGAAGUACUGAUAAGCCGUGUGAAGUCUGUGUUUGCUGCCAGAAUGCGCGCGUGAGCCCAGAAUAUGAACAUGUGACAAACAUUUAAUGGACGAUCACCGCCAUGCUUUAGAUAAACGGUUCUUAUCAAGAAACCGAAAAUUCUCGCAAAUUUAUGAGGUGACUGGAAUAGAGCGUCAACAAAUAGCAGAGCAGUGGAAAGAACCGUCAACCGUUGCUGGUAUACGUCAAUCGCUGCGGAGACGUUCGUGCAAGAUACGUUUUUAGGCAAGCAGAGCAAAACGACGCAGAGCAGACCCAGACCUACUGACCUCGCCAACUCUACAGUAUGCCUGGAGGACAGCCCCAGCCAGCCACCAUGCAGACGCCGGCGUGGAUCAAGCGGUUUUGGGCUGACUUCCUGUACAAGGAAUUUUUGCCCAUCAAAAUCCUCUUCUUCCUCAUGUAUGGAGCAUCAAUGGCCAUGUUCCCGUUCCUGACGAUACAGGCGAGGUCGCUGGGCAUCACUGAGAAGGAGCUGGGCAUCGUAUACGCCUUCACGCCUGCCAUCACCAUCAUCGGGCCGCCUCUCACCGGCAUGAUAGCGGAUAAGAUCGGGAACUUCAAGGUGUUCCUGAGCUUGACGCUGGCGGCGAGUGGCGGCGCCGCUAUCGUGUUUUCCGCCGUGCCCAUGGCGCGCCGUUACCACACCCUGCCAGACUCGCUGCCCCUCACCCUCUCCCUCGUGGGUGACGGUCCGCCCACUCUCUCCGUUCCUCCGCCGCUGCAGUGUGACUACUUGCCUCUCCUCAACAAUCUCACCAUCACGAUCGCCAACUGCAGUCUCUGUGACCCCAGCAGUGUGCUGGAGGGUGGGUGCGUCCCCCAGGGGCCGAGUGUGUGCUUGGGGCAGCAGGUGGAGGCUCCGGGAGAAGUUGAGGUGCAGGUGCUCCCCGCCACGCCGGCCACCAACACUUCCAAUGCCACGUUUCUGGAGGUGAUCCACUGGAGCGACGCAGCGUUCCCACCCCAGACAGGUGGCGAAGUGGAGGAGUGCGCCAUAGCCUGCUCCGCCGCGGGUGCUCGCGGGGACCUGUGCUCCAACACUGUCUCCGUGGAGGUGAUUGACCCCAUGCUGACCUUUUGGUGCUACCUCCUUGUCCGCGUGCUGAACGGCUUCACCUUGGCUGCCAGCUUCACGCUGUUCGACGGGGCCGCCAUGGCCAUCCUGAAGGAGCACAAGGGUGACUACGGCCUGCAGCGCCUCUACGGGAACCUGGGUGCCAUCUUUCUCACCCCGAUCUCUGGCCUGCUCAUAGACCGCUCCUCCGAAGAGGACGGUGACCAAGACUACAGGCCGGCUUUCUACCUCUACUGCGCGCUCAAGGUAAUGGGCGCAGCGGUCAUCCUCUUUCUGGACUUAGAUUUCCGGAAGCCUUCCAACAAAGUGCUAAAGGAUUUCCGAGGACUCCUUAAGAAGCCUGAGAUCCUCGCCUUCCUUGUCGUCAUGCUUAUCUCAGGGAUUUGCUUCGGGGUGCUGGACACCUUCCUGUUCUGGCUGCUGCAGGACCUGGGCGCCAAGAAGUACCUCAUGGGCAUCACGGUGACGGUGGGCAGCCUUGCAGGGAUACCUAUCUUGGUCGCCUCAGGAUUUAUCUUUAAGAAGCUCGGCCUCGCCAACACUAUUAUCCUUGGAUUUGCCUUCUACGUCUUUCGGAUGUUGGGCUACUCCUUCAUCACCAACCCGUGGUGGUGCAUGCCCUUCGAGGCCCUGGAGUGCUUCACCGUGUCCCUCAUGAGUGCCGCUGCCGUGUCCUACGCUGCAGACCUAGCCACCCCCGCCACCCUCGCCACUCUGCAGGGCGUGUACGGCGGCCUCUAUUAUGGCGUGGGUCGAGGUCUGGGAAGUCUUGUGGGCGGGUUCCUGAUCGGUCCUCUCGGGGUCCGCAACACCUUCAGGAUCAUGGCCCUCGUGUGCGCCGUCACCUGCAUCGUGUACUUCAUCCUCAACCGUUUGUUCUUUGUCAAGGCGCAGGAGGAAAGAAGACUCAAGGCAGAGAAAGAGAAAACGGAUGAAAAGGAGGCAGUUACAGACGAACGAAGCACCGACAAGGAACUGGGUAACGUGGUGGAGAACGGUACAAAGAAGGAUACCAAAGAUAGUGUUAAUGUGAUAUCCGAAGAAAAGACAAACAAAGGAGACGAUUCUGCAGGACAAGGACAGGUGAACAACGCCUUCGAGAAAAGCGAGUGAGGUUGAGGCGUGUGGACCUGUGGAGUCAUCAGUGGUUCCUGAACAGAAGACGAUCACUGUGAAAAUGGCCCACACGUUUGAUCUUAUUUUCUAUUCAGACUUGUAAAUGUGAUAUUAUUUUAAUGAGCUGAUGUGGUUGAAAAAUACAUUAAGACAUGCAGAGAAAAAAACAUAAUUUCUGAGAAUCUAAUAUUAUAUGUUUGCACUUGUUCAUCUGAUAUUUGUACUUGUGUCGGUGAACACUUUGUCCAAGGUAUAAUUACCAAGAUGAGACAGUAAGUAAAAAGACUGGAAGAAAUGUGUUUGGAAUCGUGGUGAUAGAAAUAUAUAAUUCAUUCUAUUUCAUAGUUCUGUAGACUUAGCACCUCUUCAUUACCACGAGGCAACACUCGGAAUAAACACAUCCCUGGGAAGAAGCGACACAAGACUGGAUGCGUAUUUCCGUCCCCCUUAGCCGCUGAGUCGGUGGCGAAUCACUCACCGUGUUUAAGGAUGGAAGGUCUUCUAAAUUGUCCUUAUUAACCCCUUUUGGUCAGUUACUGACCAAACCUAAAACAACAGCAAUGAUCUUGCUUUACCAAGUCUAGUUACUCGCGCCAGUUCUCAGUCCUCACCGGUGUCUGCAUCUGUGUAAUUUUAGUGCAGUCAGGGCUUGCCUACACUCAUGGAAUAAUGAAAAGCCACACCUGGAAGUGCCAAGAUGAAAACUGUAUCAAUAAAAUGCGCUGUCUGAGUGUCUUCUGGUACAGUUUAGUGCUGUUGUCAUUUUUAGUGACGCUGGAGUUGUAUAUACAAGAACUUUUGAUAGAUACUUGGGGGUGGUACGCAGUGUAAAAUGUAAGGAAUAAAUAAUUGCUUUGAGAAAUGCUCUAUUUUGCAUUUCUGUUAGUAGAAGAGAUUUUUCAGAAAUCUCAAUGACAGGUGUCGAGUUGAGAGCUUCACUGAGGGGACGAGCUGAGGGUUUCACUCUCGAUCUCAUCUAGAACCUCUUCCAGCCCAGUGCUUGUACAGGGACACCAGUGAUGGGUGGCGGUCACAUGAGUGAAGUUAGUAAAGGGCGGACUCACGGGCAGCCGCCCACUGCUGCUCCAGCCGAGAUAGCGAGAAUACGUAAUGGUAGUAAAGAUUAUAAACCAGUCAAGGGUAUUUUUCUGUAGACUGAUAUCGCCAUGUACGAGUGUAUGUCACUUAAGUCACGCACACUAGUUACAUUACUUGUAACUUGUUGGAAUAGAAAGGUAAAAGUUGUAUCAUAUCUUCGUAUAUCAAUUUAUCUUUUUAUUUGUACAACACACACACACACACACACACACACACACACACACACACACACACACACACACACACACACACACACACACACACACACACACACACACACACACACACACACACACACACACACACACAUACAAGAAAAAAUGGAAUGAAGAAUUUUGUUAACAAUGUUAUUAUACAUACAGCGUUCUUAAUAGAUAAAAGCUAACAUAUUCAUUAAACCUGAAGCAGAUUUCAAAGUAAACGUAAACAGGAAGACUUCCAGGAGAUGUUGGGGAAAGUGUUACACUGUACAACGAAGUCAUGAAUAUCGUGAAUGAACAUGCCAUAAAAAGUACUACACUAACUGUAUAACAAAUAAUUAAAGCAAGCAACAAGAAAAGAAAAUAACAUCCAGGAUUUCAAGUUGAGAAGGAUCGAAAUUGAGAAGCGCUUCCUGGAAUCCUCCUGGAGUACUGGCAUCAUCAUGUACUAACUGUUUCUUGAAGUACAUGGAAGAAAAAUUUAAGAUAAAGUAGCAGUAAUCCAUAAUUGUCGGCGUGAGUCAAGGCAGUGAGCCAGGGAAUGUGUAGGACCGUCACAGGUGAAGCUCCUGUCCUGUUACGAUCAUUGGCACCAGCAGCAUGUGUCUCUUUUUUUUUUCUCUCUUUUUUUUCAUUAUUUAAUGGGCCUAGAAAAAUCCAUCGUAUCUUUUUUCCAUGUAGUUGAAUUAAUCUAUGAACCUUGCCCUCGUUCAAUUUGCAAUAUCUCGAGAUUCUCAUAUGUAUAGAAUACCACGAGGUUCGCAUCUCACAAACUAACAAAACAUUUAAUAUAAAUAUAAAGGAAUUCAUCACCCAUCUUCUUCCUCCUCUUCCUGGUUUUCUUCACAGCAACACCCCAAGUAGUACAUUGCUACGGGUAGAGUCUAGUUAGGAAAAAAGACAACUAUUUCGUUUUUAUAUAACAUAGGGGACGAUAAUAAAACGCGACUGCAGAUAUUGUGCGGCUACAUAAUCGAGUUUUGUUUACACUUUCUCGCAGAUGGAUUACGAACACUGCAGGCAAGUGACACGUGGAAUGUUGACUAAGGUUUCUUUGGCACUACUCAUGACUGCCAGAAUAAUCGAACCCUAACAGAAUCCUGCUAUAGAUCCUCAUGUGUACUUAUUUCACCAGUAAUCCGACUGUGUUUGUACGUUCGUUCCUUAGUAUUUCUGUGUCAUCGAGGCCAUAGGGCAAUGUAUCCUUCACAGCUGCUUCUGCCACUGCCAUCUAAAACUCCUGUGCCUCCACGUACCUCCGCCCAUAACUGUUCGUAUAGGCGUUACAAAUAUGAUGUUAUUGUCAGUUAUAGCAGGUGUGGGGAGCCUACGAGCCCAGUGCAGUCAGGUGUGUACCCUCGCUUCGUGCUGUUGUUAGUGGCUGUGUGGCCUUAGUCUAGUUAUUCUGCAAGACAAAAUGUGAUGUUAGAUUUGUUGUGUUAUGGGUUAUAGUAAUAAAUCCAGUAAGGGAUCUU